GGAGGAGGAGCGGAGGGAAAGGUAUCAUCAGCAGCAACAGCAGUGCAGCACAAAGGCGAAUGCAACGGAGGAAGGUGUAGAGAGGAAGAGAGUGAGAGAGCGAACGAAGACGUUUGCGGAGGAUUGAGUCCUUUGCCGCAGACAUGACCACAGGCUCAUCGUUCAAGCGGAUGUAACCUUGACGAUUCUCGUCUGCUGCUGCACACUGGACCACACAGCGGUGUGUGUGUGUGAGGGUGCGCUCAGGCGUUGCUAUGACAUUCAGAGAGCUGCAUCAUCUGGUACAGCGUGUACAUGUGUGUUCUGCGACCAUUCGGCUCAACUAAUGGGAAAAGAGAACCGCCAAGUGUAUGCUACAGUAGCUCAUCUCCGCACUAGAGCGCUACCCUGACACACACACGCAGAAACGCACGCGGACGGACGCACACAGCUGCAGCUUUGGGGAGGAGCCAGAGACCCCGAUCAAAGGUCAAUAGAGGGACCCCGGGAGAGCUGCCGAGGGCAGAGGUUGUGAUUCCUCCAGCUGAAGGUCAGAGGGAGCGUAAGAGCCAUAAGCGAGGCAUCAUGGGCGAGUGGACUAUAUUGGAGAGGUUGCUGGAGGCUGCGGUGCAGCAGCACUCGACUAUGAUCGGCAGGAUCCUGCUGACAGUGGUGGUGAUUUUCCGGAUCCUGAUUGUGGGUAUAGUGGGAGAGAAGGUGUACGAAGAUGAACAGAUUAUGUUUAUUUGUAACACGCUGCAGCCAGGUUGCAACCAGGCCUGCUAUGAUAAAGCCUUCCCCAUUUCCCAUAUCCGUUACUGGGUUUUCCAGAUCAUCUUGGUCUGCACCCCUAGCCUCUGUUUUAUCACUUAUUCUGUGCAUCAGUCUGCCAAGUACAAAGAUCGCACCUACACGCUUCUGCACGGCCCCUACAUCGAUCACGGACACGGAGUGAAUCGAAAGAUGCGAAACAUCAACGGUAUCCUAGUGCACCCGGAAGGCAAAGAUGACCGCGAUUGUCUGGAUUUGAAAGAUAUUCCCAACAUUCCCCAGGGGGUCACGUACUCCAAAAGUAACAAGAUGCGUCAACAGGAGGGCAUUUCCCGUUUCUACGUCAUACAGGUGGUGUUCCGGAACGUUUUGGAAAUCGGCUUUCUUGCUGGCCAGUACUUCUUGUACGGAUUCAAUGUUCCCGCCAUGUUCGAAUGCGACCGUUACCCCUGCGUAAAGGAGGUCGAAUGCUACGUUUCACGUCCUACGGAGAAGACGGUUUUCCUCGUGUUCAUGUUCGCGGUUAGCGGGAUCUGCGUGGUGUUGAAUUUGGCUGAGGUAAACCACCUGGGUUGGCGGAAGAUUAAGGCAGCGAUUCGUGGCGUCCAAGCUCGUAGAAAGUCCAUUUGUGAGAUCCGAAAAAAGGAUGUGUCACACCUAUCCUCCGUGCCCAACUUGGGCCGCACCCAAUCUAGUGAAUCAGCCUAUGUCUGACAGCGAAUAGGGGAGGGGCUUAGACGAGGUUGGGAGUGGCUGAUGAGGCGACGGCCACGCCCUGUGCUGCAUACUUGACACUCCUAAUUUUAUGCAUAGCUCAGACUGGGUGAGCAAGGGGUAGGGUGUAAAGAUAAAGAAAAUGAGUAAAAGAAUAACAUUUUUGGAGAAUAAAAUUAAUCUCUUUCAACCCAAGACUUUAAUUAUGACCGCUGUGGAACAAGAAGGAGGCUUGUACAAAAAUGCAUUGACACAACAGCCCCCUAAACAUGUCUUCCAACAGUAAAGAGACAUUUAAAAAAUGAAAUCACUUUGAGUUGCCUGUUGUCUAAAAAGAUAGAAAGACAAAAAAAAUGAGGGAUUUGAGAGACAAUAGAGGGAGAUGCUCGGCAGACAUUUGACAAUUUAUCUUAUUAAUACUGAGACAUCCCUCACAUUCUGAAGAGACAGAAUAAGAUGGUGAAUGUACAAAAGAGAAAAGUUUAAAACUUUACCUCAGCACAGACUCCUCUACGCCUCUCCCCUAUUUGCUUUCUUUCAUUUCAUCUCUCACUCUUCUUUCUCUGUCUCUUUCUGCAUAGUUUUAUAGAUAUACUGUAGGCAUUACGUAUAAAAGGCAAGGAGAAAACAUGAAAAUUGAUCUUCUGAUACCCACCCCCACGUUUAACGGAUGGCCAUGAUGAGACUGACUUUAUUGUCCACACUGUUCAAAUCUCCCAUAAUCCACUGCUUCAUCAACUUCUGAAGCACUACUGUACAUAUCUAAGAAUAUCAAUACUGCAAUGUUCAUGUAUUUCACACGCUGAAGUGUAGCUUUUGCCAUUAUUUGAAAAAAAACAUUGAUUGCUAAAAAGAAAAAAACAAAUAUGUCAUAAUAAUUGUGUUUUAUUUGCAUUUAUUCUGUAAUGGACAGAAAAAAAUGUGAUUUUGUACAAUGGGCAUUUCCUGACAAAGGCAUGUUAUAAUGCAUCAUUAGAAUGGCUAGAUAGUGUUACGAGCUGUGUAGAAACGUUUCUUUUUGCACCCAGUUUUUUGGAGGUGUAUUCUUCAGCAUGCGGGCAGGAGAUCUAUAGCUCUAUGGGAAUGGCAGAGAGAGUCUAUACUGAUUAAGGCUCCAUUGCAGCAAUAAUAUAAAUAUAUAUAAAUAAUAUAAAUAAAUAUAUGUCAUAAAAAUAAAUGAAUAAACUAUUAAAGAAAUUAAACAAA